CACCGUGGAGCUGAGGACACCUCGGCAGAGCUGAAAUAAAUAAUCCAAUCAGAAGUGUACGAACAGCACUGAUGUCUUGGCUUCAGGCUCUGAGGGAUGACUUCACUCUGAGGCCGUUUGAGAACCAUCACACACGCAGUGACGGUGCUGCCAUGGCAUCAGGACCUCCAGAUGUGAUGGUCAGUCAGGAGCCUGAGGUCCAGGAGGAGAGCUCAGGAAAGAAGAAAUCCAAGUUUCAGACGUUUAAAAAUUUCUUUGCCAAGAAGAAGAGAAAGGAGCCGUCAGCCACUGGAGCAGAAGCUGGGCUCACAGCCAGCCAGUCAACCGACAAUGUUAGCAAAACAUCAGAGAAUAACACGCUCACUCGAUCGGAGAAGGAUAAGGGCUCUGGGUCAAAGAUCAGCCUGGGCAGCAAGGCCUUGUCACAUGACUCUGUCUUUGUUUCGGAGUCAUCGGAGGCCAAUGAGGCUCUGGGGGCAUCUCAGGACAGCAUUCAUGGGAAAGUGAAAUCACUACAGCUCCAGCUGAAGCAGGCCAUUAUACUGGGCUCUCCUCCGUCCCUGAUGUGUGUGAAGAGGACAGAAGAUGGAACCACGUCUGAGGACGAUGGUCUGCCCUGUAGUCCUCCUGAAUACACCACUCAUCACACAGCCAUGAAUCAGGCUCAGAGGAACAGCUCCAUCAGUCUGGAGGGAAUAGAUAGUGAUGGUGAUCAGCUGUCCUGUGCCGUUUCCAGUAGAGCAGUGAGCCCCCUGGUGGUUCCAGGGGACUUCAGUCAACCAGCCAGUCCCUUCGGCUGUUUGGACAACUCUGCAGCCAAACACAAGCUGGGCCUGAGACACAAAGCCUGCAAUAAGAGGAAACCUGCCAGCAAACUGGAGGUGAAGGCAGAAGGAGACUCCCUGGUGGACGACCGGCUGAGUACCUCCGUAAACGAAGCUGUGGACGACGAGCAAGAACAACAGACAAUAGAAGCUUUAAGUUUUGAUGAGCGGAAACCAAAAGUGGAGAAGGAGGAAGAAGAAGAAGAAGAAGAAGUAGAGGAUGAUGAGGAGGAGGAGAUUGAGCAACCACAGCAUUCCAGACAAUCCCUGUUGAUAAAUAGUGACGAGGCAGAACAGGAUGUUUUUCACGACCCAGACACAUCUUCUCCUCCUGAGCAGAGUCUCUCAGAGGAGGAAGUCCCAGACAUCCAGCCCCUGCCCUCCUCUAAGCCCAGCUCCAGAGCUUCCUCUCUGGACAGUCCCAGAGCUAGCCCGGAGCCCGCCGCUGCUGCGAGAGAGUAUUUGCUGGACCCUCCAGACACUGCCUACGGAGCUGAGGAUGACAGGGUUGAAAUGGAGUUGGCACUGACAGGAGAUAGAGUCCAGGAACAUGGGGAGGAGGAGUGUUCACUUUUACAGGAGGUGCUGAGCUCCUUGAAGACUCCUCUUCUGACUUGCUCACUGGAUAUGGAGACUGAGGGCAUCAUCCAAAAGAUGGAGGAGGAGGCGAAGGAACAGGAGAGAGAAGAGGAUGAGACAGAAGAAGGAGAAGAGAUGAAGGAAGAGGAGGUGGAUGAGCCUGUCACGUUUCAGGCUCCGCUCUCAGGCUCCCUGUUGGUGGGUAGCACCGCUGUGGAAGAGGAGGAGGCUGCCGCUCUUUCCUGUCAAGGAGAAGUAGUAGUUCCUGGUGAAGAAGCAGCAAAGGAGGAUGAGGAAGUAGUUGUGGAACAAUUUUGUCAUCAUAGUCAAGAAGAGGAAGCAGAGAAAGUCGAACCGGAGGAUGAAAAUUAUUUUUUUGCUAGAAAAGCUGAUGUCCACACAGAGGAAGAAGCAGAAGAAGAAUACCUAAGUGAGCGAGAGGAGGAGGUGAUAGAGCUGGAGAUGGAGUCAGGGGUGGAAGAGGAAGGGCGGGACAAAACUGAAGAGGAUGAUGAGAUGGAUGUGAUGGAGGAGAAGAAGACAGCAGAGGAGGCAAUAGAAGAAGAAAAGGAUGACGCAGAAGAGAUGACGGAGUGGUUUCCUGACGCAGCAGCUGAAGAAGUGGAGGUCGCCAUGCUACCACAGGAGGUAGAUGAAGGAGUAGAUGUUGUGGUUGGAGAUGACACUGUGUACACUGCAAAACACACUGAUGAUGAUGAUGAAGAAAAGCCUGAUGAUGAUGAUGAUGAUGAUGAAGAAAUGCGUACAGAACCGGAUGAUGAGGAAUUCACCAUAGUGCAUGAGUGCCAAACAAAUUACAGCCAUAGCUCUGCAGACGGAGAAGAGAGAGCAGAGGAGGUUGUGGAGAUCGAACACACUGAACAAAAAUCAGACCAGGAAGAAGAUGAGGAAGCAAACCAACCUGUUGCAGAUGAAACUGAACAAGGUAUGGAGCAGGAGAGUGUAGAAAUGUCACAUCUAGACUUGGAAGACAUGGAAAACGAUCAAACUGAAGCCCCGGAACAAGCUGUUGUUUCUGCCAAGCCGCCAUCUUUGUCUUUGCCAACAUCCCACUUUGACACUCAACCACAAGAGAGUGGGGCUAUCACUCCCAGCAAGAUCAGCACCACCACUCUCCACAUAAAUCUAGUCUCUCCCAGUUCAGAGAAAGCCACAUCUUUCUUCCAAAAGUCCCCAAUCACUGCAGAACCCAAAGAAAACAGUGCUGUCUCAGGAAAGCAAAGCACAGCAUCCACAGAAGAAGAACAAGCUGACUGUGCAGAGGAAGUAGAAGAAGAGGCCCCACCUCCUGCCUCUGUGGUGGAAGUGGUCAGCCAGCCAUCCAGAAGCUCAGAUCACAGUAAGGUUCGUUUCACCAUCGCCCCCGUCUGGCAGAGAUCACACAGUCUGACUCCUCCUUCCUCCCCAUCUGCUUGCGUCCCCUCUUCGCCCUCGGCUGCCACAGGGCCUGGAGAUGAGGAGGUGGGAGCUGCAAGUACAAAGGACCCAGCUGUAGAAGCGCAGCCAACAGGUUCAGCUAAAGCUGAAUUGGUUUUAAGCCCCAGUAAAACGAGGAAUGCAGGAAGCAGCACUGCAAAACCACAGGACAGUGCAGCAGACAUAGAAGAGAGCUCCGUCAUAGUGGAGGGAAACCCAGACAAUCCAUUCGGAGUCCGUCUGAGGAAGACUCCAGUUCUGCACCGUCUCAGCUCCGAGGAAGAGUCUCCCAGUGAGCCACUCAUUCAGCCAACCAUCUGUAAAGCAGAGCCACCACAGCCAACCGGUGUUAAGCCCCUCAUAAAUCAGCCGAAUGGCAACAAGCCUGCCCUUCCUAAGAAACCCGAUGUACAUGGAGACAGUGGAGGCAAGACCAAGUGCAUCUCAGGCCCAGCUAUAGGUUGUGGUGUUUCUGGUGGAUCGGACUCUCCCAGCUGGAUCUCUGUGGCCAGACAGAAGCAGAUGAUCUAUAAGGACAACUCGCUAGAUGAGAUUACAGUCAAGAAGGAGGGACAAGAGAGGAAGAGUUCACUGCCAGUGUACAUCAGCUCAGCAGCCAGCAGGCAGCAGAGCAGCCACACAGCUGAGUCUGCCAACAAAGUGAGUCCACUGGAGAUCAGUAAGCCUCCAGAAUCUCUAGAAAAGGACACCAGGAGAGCUCUUGCACCUCCAACUCCAGUGCCACCUCAACCUUUAAAGUCCCAAUUGUUGCCAUGCCCUGUCUCUCCAAAACCUCCAUCCCAACCUUAUCCAGCCUCAAGAACCCUCUCCCCACCCACUCCAGUUCCCCGAAAAUCUUCCUCGUCCCCCAGCCCACCAUCUCUAUCCAAAUGUGCCACCUUCGUACCUUCAUCCAAGACAAACGAGCCACAGGAUAUGGUACUCACCUCCUCUCCUUUUUCAGACAGAACCGCCCUGGAAAAGUCUGGUACAAGAGCUCCAGGGCUCUCGGGACAGACCUCAUCAUCCCAGCGAGGCUUGCCUCCUCCAGCUUUGCCACAGGACGAGCCGCCCUGGAUGGCGCUGGCCAAGAAGAAGGCCAAAGCCUGGAGUGAGAUGCCCCAGAUUGUUCAGUGAUGGACCAGGUUUAAAUAAGGUUGAGUAAACGGGGCUGAGCUGGCUCAAGAAAGGCCCAGGGGGGCCAGCUCUAAAUGGGGGUCAAAGUGGGCCAAAAGACUGGAUGGACCAGAAUGCAUUUGCACACUGCUGUUUCCUGGUGUUCUUUAGCAUCCUGGCUUCAGAUUGGUACCAACUCUCUAAUCACACAGCUAAAGACAGGCUCUGUUUAACCCCCUUUUGCUUUUUCCUUUGGGUUGCACAGUCAUGUUUUCUAAUUGACAGGGUAGGAUCAAAAAAGUGAACAUGUCUUACUUGAAGUGAGUCCAUAUUUUUUCCAAGUCUUGGCGUGUUAUAAGAUGCCUCAAUGAACUAAAAUGCAUGUAGCUUCACAGCAGUAAAUAAUUUUUUUGUUGUUUGUUUAUUUUGAGUCCACCUCAUAUGACAGUACUAAACAUUACAGGCAAGGAAAGGAGGAGACUUUUGUUUUGUUUUCUGAAGAGGAUACUUUAUUUACAGAAAGGACAAAAUAAAUCUUGUGGUUGGCGAUUGUUCUGUCUUAAGCAUGAGUGGACAGGAAGCUGUUUUUUCUGUCGACGUGCCUGUUUAUUUUAAGGUGGAACCACAUGUUCACAUUUUGAGUAGUGUGGAGAAUCUUGAUGGCCAGAGACUAGAACGGGAUGGCAUCCAAUUAAGGUUGGAGAACAACCACUGCCAGUCACUAGUUACGAUGAGGUUUUCUGGACAACUUUCCUUAAUCUGUUGUCUUGUCCAACAUGUUUUGGUGUGUCAGUCUAAGUUAUAUUUUUACUUUUCUCUUUUGAUAUCUUGAUUGCACAACUACAGAACGUCUGUCAGCAUUCUACUAAAAUCUAACAGUCAGCUGUUCAGGAGUUAAUCAUCACACGGACCUUUGUCUUCUUAGUAUUGUUCUGCAUCAUCACUUGGACACUAGUUUGCUGCAGGAUGCAAAGCAUCAAUAAAGGAAUGACUUUCACAGCCAAAAGUUUCCUUUGUAUUGGUUAAAUCUAUGUAUCUCACAGUAACUAUAUAUUUUAUGCAUUUUAUUUUGUAUUGCCUUUUGAAAAUUUGCCUUGUACAUAAAAUGUGCAGUAAAGAAUAAAUGAAAUCAC